UACAGCUGCUUUUUGCAAUACAUUGGUACCACUGAACCUUCCUAAUUGAUAGAAGUUGAAAAUAGAUCUCUCUAGGUUUAGCUGCUUCGAGCUGUUCGCCGCGUGAACCUAAAUCAACAUAGACUAUUGAGAUAGUUUUAAUUUACGAACAUGGCGGAAGAAACAGGCACAAACAAAACCGCGUUGGCAUUAGCAGCAGCCGGCACCGAAGAAAUGGAAUUGGUUAUUACUGUAGACAUUUUACGUCGUUGUGGCAUUGAUGUUACUGUGGCUUCGGUAUCUGAUGAAGAAGGCACUUCUGAUGUAGAUUUAAUAAUACCAUGUUCACGUGAUGUAAACAUUAAAGCAGAUACCACUCUUCGUGCGCUUUUUGGAGACAAACUAAAGAAUGACGCUGGUUUGCCAGAUGUAGUAAUCUUGCCCGGGGGCCUGAAAGGAUCUCAGCUGAUGUCUAAGGCACCAAUGGUCAAGGAAUUACUGCAACGAUGUGAUGCCGCUGGUAAACUUAUUGCUGCUAUCUGUGCUGCCCCUACCGUAUUUAUUGCCCAUGGAAACAUGUUCGCCGGUCGUCGUGUGACUUCCUAUCCAGCAUUUAAGGACCAAAUGAAUGGGGCAGGCUAUGCGUGGGAGGAUGCUUCUGACUCACUACUCGGUCGCGUAGUGCGCGAUGGAAACCUACUAACUAGCAUGGGCCCCGGAACUUCGUUCGAUUUUGGCCUAACCAUUGGGUCAAUUUUGGUUGGUCUUGACAAAGCAAAAAGUGUUGCCACUGGCAUGCUGUACAAAUGGCCCCUGAAUUAAACAAGUGUACCUUCAAAAAGUAUGUUGUAACAAAUAAAGAAAAACCGCUCUAUCA